AUGCCAGAUUUGCGGGAGUUGUCCAAACGCGAACGACGUUUGCUUUCAACAUUGAGCGGUAUAGAGAAAUUCGUCACCAAUUAUGAAACUCCCCGAGACGAAGCGCAAAUCGUCGUUCGUUUGCAGAUGUUGGAAUCAGCAUGCAAAGAAUUCUACGAAGUGAGGGAGAAAAUUGAGCUGCUUCUUGAAACGACGAGUAGUAAAUCGGACGAUGACGAAUCCGCCAAGGUGAAGCAAGAAGAAGAGAACAAUCAAGCGUUGACCUGUUUUGAGGAUAGGUGUUGCUUAGCAAAAGCUAGUCUGUUAUCAGUACAAUCUGCAACCAUUUCUACCACGUCAAAAAUGGAUCAACUUGGCGAUCAUUCCGGCGUAUCCUACUCAAAAGUGAAGCUGCCAGAGAUUCGUCUUCCAUCAUUCGAUGGGAAGAUCAAGGAGUGGGUUACAUUCCGCGACAGUUUUCGUAGCCUAAUUCACGAGAACAAGCAGCUCACCCACGUGGAUCGAUUUAGCUACUUGAAGUCAGCUUUGUCGGGAGAAGCUAUACAGGAAAUAGAGUCUGUGGAGUUUUCUGCUGUUAAUUAUAGCGUAGCAUGGGAAGCGCUGGAGUCCCGCUACGAAAACAAAAAGUUAAUUGUGAAGGCACACUUGGAUUCCCUCUUCGCGGUUGAAGGUUUGAAACAAGAAAGCUACCAAGGGCUGAACAAUCUAGUUGGAGUAUACGAAAAAAAUCUGCAAAUGCUUCAAAAGAUCGGCGAACAAACUAGUGGAUGGAGUACGAUUCUGGCCCACAUGGUGUCUUCCCGGCUGGAUCCUGCCACAUUACGGCAGUGGGAAACGCACCACAACUCCAAAGAGGUACCUACCUACAACAGUCUUAUCACCUACUUGCGCAGCUACUGUUCAGUCCUGCAAUCCGUUGCUCCAACGAAAUCUAACUAUUCUGAUCAACGUGCACUGAAGCCGUCUGUAUGUCACACUGUUGUCAAAUCAUCGCACAAGUGCCCAUUCUGCAACGAAGCGUGGCAUUCUGCUUUUGUGUAG